AUGGCCGACACACUUGCAACGCAACUUAGCAACACAAAAUUGGGUGAUGCGAACCCGGAAGGAGCAUGGAAGGACACUCUGAAAAUUCCCGCAAAAGACACACGAACACAGACCGAGGAUGUCACUGCGACGAAGGGCCUCGAGUUCGAGGACUUCUACAUCAAGAGAGAACUGAUGAUGGGGAUCUUUGAGGCUGGAUUUGAAAAGCCGUCCCCAAUUCAAGAAGAGACUAUACCCGUUGCUCUCACGGGGAGAGACAUUCUUGCUCGAGCAAAAAACGGCACAGGAAAGACUGCUGCUUUUAUCAUUCCUACUCUCGAACGCAUAAACCCGAAGAACACGAAAACGCAGGCUCUCAUCCUUGUCCCCACUCGAGAGCUUGCUCUGCAGACCUCCCAAGUCUGCAAGACUCUUGGAAAGCAUCUUGGAAUCAACGUUAUGGUAACUACUGGUGGUACCGGGCUGAUGGACGAUAUCAUUCGUUUGAAUGAUGCAGUUCACAUUAUUGUUGGAACCCCCGGAAGAGUGCUUGAUCUGGCAAGUAAAGGGGUUGCAGACUUGUCAGAAUGCCCAACAUUUGUCAUGGAUGAAGCGGAUAAGCUUCUGUCUCCUGAAUUUACCCCAGUCAUUGAGCAGCUGCUCUCUUUUCACCCCAAAGACCGUCAGGUCAUGCUGUUCAGUGCCACCUUCCCUAUGAUUGUGAAAUCAUUCAAGGACAAACACAUGCGUAAUCCGUAUGAGAUCAACCUCAUGGAUGAACUUACCCUUCGCGGAAUUACCCAAUACUACGCCUUUGUCGAAGAAAAGCAGAAAGUCCACUGCCUCAACACUCUCUUCUCGAAACUUCAAAUUAACCAAUCCAUCAUCUUUUGCAACUCAACUAACCGUGUGGAGCUUUUGGCUAAGAAAAUCACGGAACUCGGCUACUCCUGUUUCUACUCCCACGCCCGCAUGCUUCAACAAAACCGUAACCGUGUUUUCCACGACUUUCGCAAUGGUGUAUGCCGAAAUCUUGUUUGCUCCGAUCUUCUCACUCGUGGUAUCGAUAUCCAGGCAGUGAACGUCGUCAUCAAUUUCGACUUCCCGAAGAAUGCCGAAACCUAUCUCCAUCGUAUUGGUCGUUCUGGUCGAUUCGGUCACUUGGGUCUGGCAAUCAACCUGAUCAACUGGGAGGAUAGAUUCAAUCUUUACAAGAUUGAACAGGAACUGGGUACCGAGAUUCAGCCUAUUCCUCAAGCGAUUGACAAGAAGCUCUAUGUCUAUGAGUCUCCCGACACUAUUCCGCGCCCGAUAGCUAGCGCAUCACAACCUCGUCCAGCAGAGGCCGAAUAUGAUCAGCAAAAUCGUCGUCACGGAAACUACCAUACCGCUGGACACUUUGGGGCUCCAAACCGCGGCAGAGGACAUUACCGAGGUCGCGGACAAGGCCAACGUCGCGGCGGAAACCAUCACGAUAACCACAGGUCGAUGGGCGGUUACCCUCAUGACAACAAACCCCAACCCACUCCAGCUUCUUAG